GUUUAUACCUAACUACGAAUACACAGGACUAAACGCAACAUCUGUAUAGCAGCUCGAAGGGCCUUGGAACAAAACAGCAACUGUUUGCAGCUUUUACGCUAGCUUCAUGAAGUUAUUAACAUCCUCAUAAUCAUGGCGUGCAUCGGGUAGUCCAAUAGCUGAGGAAAUGGCCGGGCUCGCGGAGCUCCAGCGAGUCGCGGCUCCGGCGCUCAUAGCGGAGUACUUCUCUAAGUGCAGGCUCGCUGAAGACCGCAGGGAUGUGGAGAACAAGGCUAUUGUGGUUAUCCAGUCCUAUGCUCGAGGAUUUCUUGUGCGAAGGAGGCUCCAACGGUUCAUAAUGACGACCGUCACGAUUCAGCGGUACUGGCGGGGGUAUCUCGGGCGGUUGCGAGCGAGGCGGGCACUGGAGGAGUACAACCGCGCGCUGCGGAAGGCUUACUUCAACGCCAUGGCAACCGUCAUACAGCGCUGGUGGCGUGGCUUCUACAGCCGGAAGCACAUACACGACUACUACGCGCGGAAACGGUACCUCAAACAGGUCAAAGAGCGGAACGACCACAUUCGGGCGGAGCUCAACCUGGAGGCGGAGCGGGCCAUCAUCGUGCAGCGGCAGGAGGCCGAGGAGCGCGCCCGCAGGCUGUUUGCGGACAAGGUGUCCAAGCUUCACCACCUGGUGUCCACCGCCGCACAGCCCGGCAUAUUCAACUCGCCCUACAGUGUGGCCACUGGCACGCUGCCUGUGAUCAUGUCGCUGCCGGUGGAGGAGCACCUCAAGGGGGCCAUGCGGGCGCAGCUGGGCCCCGAGCUGGACUGGCUCAGCAGCAGCGCCGGGGCGGCAGGCGGCGGCGGCGGAAAGUCCGGGCCGAUGCUGGGGGCAGGCAGCGGGCGACUGGAGCGGCCCGGCGGCGCGGGAGGAGGAGGUGGGGGAGGCAGCCCCAGCACGACGGGGCGGCUGCCGCCGCUGCGUGGCGACGGCCGCACGCAGCCGGGGCCGGGCGGGGCCUCGGGCGGCAUGGGGGCCACUGGGGGGCCGGCCAGUGCGGGCGGGUCGCUGCGGCGUAAGAGCACCAAGCUGGCGCAGGAGGAGAUCUACCCGCCUGUGGCCGUGGUUGCGGGCCGGGUGGUGCCCGCCCGCUACACGCUGCGUCAGGCGGCGGACUACGAGGCGGUGCGGCGGCAGGAGCUGCUGGAGGACAAGAUACACCGCGGCGAGAUGCUGUCGGCCCACCCGCAGGCCUUCACCACUGCCCUGGGCCCGCCGCGGCCUCCGCCGCUGGACAGCCAGACCAACCGCAACCUGGUGCCCUUCGCCGACCCCUACGACCCCACCGUGGGGCUGAGGGGGCCGCGCUUCACGCCCGACCAGCAGAAGGUGAGCACGGCCGCCUUCACGCGCUACCUGAAGCGCAAACCCAUGUUCGAUAAGAACCUGGCCACAGAGGCCUACUAGCCGGGCGCGGGGCUGCUGGAGCUGGAGCUCACACCUGCGGGCACCCGGGCCCACGGAGCCACAACUCGCCUGCGGGGCCUGGGGCUGAGACUGAGCCGGAGCUGGCGGGUGAGGGGAGCUAGGCUGGUGUGGGGAGCUGAGGGCCGCGGCGCUGCGCUUGGCAGGUUCUUGGCGUGGAGGGAAUGGCGAAUUGGGAUGUGGGUGGUGGCGUUGGAUGCAUGGCGGGUCGGCGGGCGCUCUCAAGUUGGCACAGGUAGCGCACGCAGGCUAGUGGCUACUGUGGCGCUCCCCCACCUGUACUGUGGCUGUUGCGGGUAGGGGCCGAGGGGGUGCUGGUGAGCAGGGGGGAGGGCGCAUGGAUGGAGGGGUGCGCAUGCGUGCGUAUGCGGCGCACCGUGUGUUUGUGUGCAUGAACUGAGUGAUUUGCUGCUGGGCUAUCGGGGUGCGCGCAAGAGGGAGGCCGGCGCUGACGGCCGUGCAGAUACGUGAGCGCUCAUCUUACUGGCGGCGUGUGGAGGCAUGGUCAACCCUAAAACUUUGGCAGCACGGGCCUGCCUAGCGGAGCGCUAUGCUCUGGAAGAGACGCAAAUGACUUGUCUGUCACGAACAUGUGUAUGGGUGUGCUGCUAUUUGUAUUUGCAUCAGGUGCGUGGGCGCAUGCAAGUGCAGUACCUCAACAGGACCCCCAGAGCAGGACUCCCAUGCAUGCACGCGGCCAUCAAACGGCCCCGAUGAGCACCCCAACCAAACAUUCAUGCAAUGCUUUGUCUUUA